CGUUGAUGGAAGCAUGCCAAAAAUAUUCCAACUGACUUUCUUUACGCCAUUGCUAUCUAAUUAAUUUACAAUUUCUGAAGCUCAAACCCUUGCCAAACAAUGCCUUCUUAUACCCUUCAAAAUCCUUUACCCAUUCUGUAUCCUUUGCUCUAGACCCCAAAAGACUACCAUGGACCAAAAAUUAUUAGGCUUCCUCUUGGUAUCCUUCUUCUUCUUCUCCUUCAAUUCUCCAUAUUCUCAUGCUGCCAAGAACAAUUACCUUCGUCAGCCCCCUCGCAAGCUCGUUCUCACUCCGCAUCAAGGAUCCAAAUCCAACCCACAACAGGUUCAUGUUUCCCUUGCGGGGAAAGAUCACAUGAGAAUUUCGUGGGUGACGGAGGACAAACAUGUGGAAUCUAAGGUUGAAUACGGGGAACAACCUGGGAAUUAUAAUGCGGUGGUGACCGGCGAGAGUACGAAGUACGAAUACUUCUUUUACACAUCCGGGAAGAUUCACUAUGUUAAGAUUGGACCUUUGGAGCCGGCGACUACCUAUUACUACAGAUGUGGUGGCCAGGGGCCGGAGUUCUCCUUCAAGACUCCUCCGGCAACCUUUCCUAUCGAAUUCGCUGUGGUUGGUGAUCUUGGACAAACGGAAUGGACCGCAUCAACACUAGCACAUGUGGGCAGCAAGGACUACGACGUGUUCCUAUUACCGGGCGAUCUAUCUUACGCCGAUGCCCAACAACCACUGUGGGACUCCUUCGGCCGCCUGGUGGAGCCGUACGCCAGCAGCCGCCCGUGGAUGGUGACGGAAGGCAACCACGAGACGGAGAUAUUCCCCAUCAUCUAUCCUCACGGUUUCAAGGCUUACAAUGCUCGGUGGCAAAUGCCGUACAGGGAGAGCGGAUCCACUUCCAAUUUGUACUACUCAUUUGAUGUUGCGGGGAUUCAUAUAUUGAUGUUGGGGUCUUACACAAAUUUCGAUAAGAAGUCGGCACAGUAUGGGUGGCUGGUGGAGGACUUGGCUAAUGUUGACAGGGAGAAAACGCCGUGGGUGGUGGUGCUGCUGCACGCACCGUGGUAUAAUACGAAUUCGGCGCACAAGGGGGAAGGAGAGAGCAUGAGGAAAGCCAUGGAAAAGUUGUUGUAUAAGGCUCGAGUAGACUUGGUUUUUGCUGGACAUGUUCAUGCGUACGAACGAUUUACUAGGAUUUAUGAUAAUAAGGCUGAUCAAUGUGGCCCAGUGUAUAUAACCAUUGGAGACGGAGGGAACCGAGAGGGACUGGCGAUGGAUUUUGAGGAACCAGAUUCACCGCUCUCCCUGUACCGUGAGCCAAGCUUUGGACACGGACGGCUGAGGAUGCUGGAUGAGACGCGAGCACACUGGUCAUGGCACCGCAACAACGACACCGACGCAUAUGUUGCCGACGAGGUGUGGCUGCACAGUUUAACGACAAACCCGGCUUGUUGGGACGCCACACCCUCUACCAAAGAUGAAUUUUAACCCUCUAAUGUCGAGUCGGAGGAAUUCAAUAUUUACUUGCAGCAUAGGUUGAGGAAAAGUCAUCGUGCAUCUCCUAAAAUAGCAGAUCUUAUGUUUGUUGAAUUUGUGCUUUAAUGGAUGCAGCACAUUGUUGAAAUAGCAUUAGAAUUUCCUCCAAUAUUUGAAAGCUAUUUGGCAUUAGUUUUUGUAAAAUAAUUUAGGAACAAUCUU